UUCCUUUCUUGCGCCCGAAGCAUUUGGAGAGCGCACUGAGAAGAGCGGCUUCCCUUCAGUGCUGUAAAUGUUAUUUAUAUCUGCCCUGCAUAUUCGGGUUUCCCACGUUGCAGACGACCCUUCGUUCUCUUCGGUGACCCUUUCUUGGUCUCUCCCGCUCGAGUGGAAGUGUGGAACGAAGUCAUGGCGGUCAUCGUCGGGGACGACGCCGGCGAGCGGCGGGAGGAUGACUGCGGUCGGGUUGCGGUUAAGGAACCUAGGACCAUCGCCCGACGGUAUCAGUUGGCGUUGUGCAAGAAGGCGAUGGAGGAGAACAUAAUCGUGUAUCUGGAGACGGGGUGCGGGAAGACGCACAUUGCGGUGCUUCUAAUGUACGAGCUCGGCCACAUGAUCAGGAAGCCGCAGAAGUCCGUCUGUGUCUUCCUGGCGCCCACCGUGCAUCUGGUUCAGCAGCAAGCAGUGGUAAUAGACCAUUCAACAAAUUUCAAGGUUGGAACCUAUUUUGGUGCUCAAAAGCAUUUGGACAAUCAUAAAGAAUGGGAAUCUGAACUUGAAAAAUAUGAGGUUCUUGUUAUGACCCCUGAAAUACUUCUGAGAAAUCUGCACCAUUGUUUCAUGAGGAUGGACACAAUUGCACUUCUUAUAUUUGAUGAAUGUCACCAUGCACAGAAGAGACAUCCAUAUGCCCAAAUCAUGAAGGAAUUCUACAGGCAUGACGACAUUAAGCGACCUCAUAUAUUUGGGUUAACAGCAUCUCCAGUCAUUGGAAAAGGUGGUUCCCAUCAGAUGAACUACACCAAAUGCAUCAACACUUUAGAGCAUUUACUUGAUGCGAAGGUCUAUACCGUUGAGGACAAGGAAGAGCUUGAGCUUCUUGUUCCUUCACCAGAUGUGAAGAUUUAUUUCUAUGAUCCUGCUGUUGAGAGUACAUGUCAAUGCACUCUGACUUUGGGGAAAAAGCUUGAGGAAAUUAAGGAACAGUGUAUAGCAAUUGCAAGAACAAGUACUAACAUCCUCAAGGAUUUCCAAAAGAAGGCUGGUUCAGUUAAAAGGCUCCAUGACGGGUUACUGUUUUGUUUGGAAAAUCUUGGGCUGUAUGCUGCCACUCAAGCUGUGCGAAUUCUUCAAAGUGGUGAUUCAGAGGAUUUAGCUGAAAUAGUGGAGGGGCAAACGAGUUCAUGUGAUACUGUUACAGAAAUAGAAGGAACACAAGAUGGUUAUGAUGAUAACAAAAUUGCAGAUGUGUACUUGCAAAGGGCAUUGUCUGUUCUUCUUGAUGUUACUUUGUUGGAAGAUGGUGAUCAACCUGAGGCCUUUCUGCCAGAGGUAUUAGAAGAACCAUUCUUCUCAAACAAACUACUGGUUCUCAUUACAAUCCUUUCAAGUUAUAGGCAGGACAGUAUAAAGUGUAUAGUAUUUGUUAAUAGAAUCAUUACAGCAAGAUUGUUGGCUCAAAUAUUUGGAAGACUGGAGUGUGCUGCCUUUUGGAAGUGUGAUUUUCUUGUGGGUUAUCACUCGGGCUUAAAGUCAAUGUCACGGAAAAAGAUGCAUGGUAUUGUUGAUAAUUUUCGUUCUGGAAAGGUUAAUCUGUUGUUUGCAACCAACGUUGCUGAAGAAGGCCUUGAUAUUCAAACAUGUUGUCUCAUUAUUCGAUUUGACUUGCCAUCAACAGUGGCCAGCUAUAUACAAUCCAGAGGUCGUGCUCGCAUGCAGGAGUCUGAAUACCUUCUUCUAGUAGAGAGGAACAAUAUCGAUGAGCUAAAUCUGGUCAAUGAUUUCAUUUCUGGUGAAAAACAUAUGAACAAUGAAAUUUUGAACCGGACAUCUGAUGAAACUUUUGAUGUCGUAGAAGAUUCAAUUUAUAAAGUCGAAAAGACUGGUGCUUCCAUUAGUAGUGCAUGCAGUGUGUCUUUACUGCAUCACUAUUGUUCAAGACUCCCACAUGAUGAAUACCUUAAUCCUGUCCCAGAGUUCUUUUAUCUUGAUGAUUUGGAUGGUGUCACUUGUCAUGUGGUUCUCCCUUCCAAUGCCCCCAUUCAUUCUGUUGAGGGGCCAUCAUGUGCUUCAAAAGAGGAUGCAAAAAGAGCCGCUUCUCUUCUAGCAUGUAAGAAGCUGUAUGAGUUAGGUUCCCUGACGGACCAUCUUUUGCCAACGCCAAAGGAAGAGAUUGAAAUAUUUUCAGAAAAUCCACAUGAUAAGCUUGUAAAUUCUAGGGAUGACUUAUCCAGAGCAGAGCUUCAUGAAACAGUAGUACCUUCUGCACUUCAAGUGGACUGGAGGGGAUCUGCUUCUCAUCUCACAUUUCAUUUUUAUCAUAUGAACUUUGUUCCUAAGCCAAGGGAUCGGUGCUACAGAAGAUUUGGUCUCUUUUUGGCACUUCCUCUUCCCAAAGAAGCUGAAGAUAUGAAAGUUGACCUUCAUCUUUCUCAUGGUAGAAUUGUGGAAACAAAACUUAUCCCAUCUGGGGUAAUUUCAUUUAGUGAAACUGAGAGGAUGGAGGGUGGGAGAUUUCAAGAAAUGUGCCUCAAACUCAUGCUUGACAGGUCAGAGCUUAGAGAUAACUAUGUUCAAUUGGGUAAGCAUGAUUCAUGCCAAUUGAGCUCUUCAACAUACUAUUUGAUGCUACCUCUUAAACAAGUUGAAGAUACUGAUGAUCGAUUGACAGUAGACUGGGGUACAGUGAGAAAUUGUUUAUCAUCUCCUACAUUUAACCAAGAAAGAAAUAUUCUGGAUCAGUCUCUUAAUGGUUCCAGUGUUUUGCAAUUGGCUAACGGUCCUGUAGCUGAAAGUGAAAUCUUGGACAGCCUGGUAUUUACACCCCAUAAUGGUCGAUUCUUCUUUAUCAGUGAUAUUCUUCAUCAAAUGAACGGAUAUAGCACAUUCAAUGAUUCAAAAGCUUUAAAUUAUGCUGAGUACUUCUUGAACAAGUUCGACAUUGUCUUGAAAUGUCCAGAACAACCACUUUUGAAGGCCAAACAACUUUGCUCGUUGCAUAAUUUGUUGUACAAUCGUGUAGACAACAGUUCAGAAGCACGUGAAGAGGAGGAGAGCUUUGUAGAGCUCCCCCCCGAACUUUGCAUCUUGAAGAUAAAAGACUUUGCUAAGGAUAUUGGGAGUUCACUGUCACUUUUGCCUUCUUUAAUGCACAGACUGGAAAGUUUGCUAGUUGCGAUUGAGCUGAAGGAAUUGUUAUCGGCUUCAUUUCCUGAAGGAUCCCAAGUUACAGCUAAUCGUGUUUUGGAAGCCUUGACUACAGAGAAGUGCUUGGAGCGCUUUUCUUUAGAAAGAUUAGAAAUACUUGGUGAUUCAUUUCUCAAAUAUGCUGUUAGCAGGCACCUAUUCCUUUCAAAAGAAGCAUUAAAUGAAGGGCGACUGACAGACACACGUUCCAGCAUUGUCAAAAAUCUUAAUCUGUACACAUUGGCUGUUAGGAGAAACUUGCAGGUAUACAUCCGUGAUCAAUGUUUUAACCCAUGCAAUUUUUUUGCAUAUGGGCGUCUGCAUACUGAGAUGUGUGACAGUGAUUCAGAAGCCAAGAUUCAUGGUCGGAAUGAAAAUGGAGAAUUUGAAUAUCGAGCAGAUUCCUCUGCAAUCAAGUGCAGCAAGUCUCAUCAGAUACUGUUCAGGAAAACUAUUGCAGAUGUUGUAGAAGCUCUAGUUGGCGCUUUUAUAGUUGACUCUGGGUUCAAGGCUGCACUUGCUUUUCUUGAAUGGAUGGGGAUUGCCGUUAGCUUUGAUCCUGAAGAUGUUCACAGUGCAUGGCCGAAGAGUCAGAGAAAAUCGACUCAGGUGGAUCUCGUGGAUUGUGAGUCAUUAGAGAAUUUAUUAAGCUACAAAUUUCGGCAUAAGGGAUUGCUUGUUCAGGCAUUUACCCAUCCUUCUUCGACUGGCAAGCAUAACGGAGGGUGCUAUCAGAGGCUCGAGUUUCUUGGAGAUGCUGCUGUAGAUUAUCUUAUUAUGUCAUACUUGUACUCAUCUUAUCCAAACAUUAAGCCGGGGCAAUUAACAGAUUUAAGAGCGUUAACAGUAAAUAAUAAUUUCUUUGCACAUGUGGCUGUUCGAUGUUCCCUUCAUUCAUAUCUCAUCAAUGGCUCAAGUGCUCUUUCUGAGUUGAUCAACAAGUUUGUGGAUUUUGUCCAAGCACCUGCUUCAGAAAGAGAUUUGGCACAUGAGCCUAAGUGUCCAAAGGUUCUAGGAGACUUGGUAGAAUCUUGUGCUGGUGCUAUCCUUCUAGAUUCUGGGUUUGAUUUGAACCUUGUUUGGGAGACCAUGAUGCCCAUCUUGGACCCACUUAUGAAUUUAUCUAGCUUGAAGCUGAAUCCUGUCAGGACACUUCGAGAACUCUGCCAAUCUCACAAAUUCCAAUUAAGUUUCCCAGCUUCAAAGGUUGAGGAUGUUUUCUCUGUCCAGGCAAAGGUAAAUGUGCGAGAUACUUUCUUGGUUGGCCAUGGAACUAAUCGAAAUAAAAAGGCUGCUGAAAGACAGGCUGCUGAAGAAGCUUUGAAGAAAUUAAAGCCUCAGAGCUAAGUGCAGGAUCCAACAAUAGAGCUGACAUGCAUCCAGGGCCCUUCAACAUUUUGUGCAGGUUCAGAACAUGGGAAGCCUGGAUGCUCCUCAACUUUGUCUUUGUACUCGUGCCUUGAAAAGAACUUCCCCCCUUCACCAAACGGAAAAGAAAAUCUCUCUCUCUCUCUCUCUCUCUCACACACACACACACACACACACACACACACCCACCCCAAACAAGCACAUGCUCACAUGCAUACACGAAAUCUUGAAUUAGUUUCAGUGAGUGGUGUAAGCCGAGUUUCAUCAUGCAGUUUAUAUUUGUAUAUUAUCUACAGGAAUAUGCUUUUCACCCUUUUCCAAUCCAUCUCCUUGCUAUCAUUGUAUAAUAUUGACAUUCAUGAUUGGAUAUUGUUUGUCUACUUUCUCUAGCAUUAGUGAUCAAGUGAUUGCUAGCUGAAAAGAUGGUGCCUUACUAACUUCUGUUUGAGAUUAUUCUCUGGGUACAUUGAUCAUCACGGUUUAUCCUGAAAGGGCAAAAAUUCUUGUUUCACUUCCCGCUUCUGAUUGGAACAUGCAGAUGUGUUAAGAAUUAAGAUUCUGAGAUCCAUAUCACUGAUCUAAGCGGUAUUUUGUGCAACAGAUUUUUAGCUAGAAUACUUUUGGCUUAGCAAAAAGUUCCUCUGUGGACUAGUUGCAUCAUUUUUUCUUUUUGCCUUCUUCCCUAGUGGAUUCUGUCAUAAUUUUUUUUUUGUGGGUUUAGUUAGCUUUAACUCAUGGCAUGAUGAAGCUUUCCCCUUUUUGAAUUAGUAUCUUUGGCUUCUUGUUUUUGUUACUUUUUGAGUUUUCUUUUUGGACAGUCAAUCUUUAUUCCUUAACAGUUAUUGUUGAGCUGUUGCUGGUGCAUUAUUGUAGUGAUAUUUCUGAAGUUCAAUUUUGCUUUUUUUAAGUUAUAUUUCUUCAUACUUCUUAUAUUCCUAUUUAGUUGAUUUAGGAUGACUUUUUGCCUCCUUGGGAAAAAGUUUCUCCAAGGUAUUAUAUGUGUUGUUUCUUUUACAACCUCUUUUUAAUUCCUUAUCUAAAUUU